UGAAUCAGUGGGACCUCUCAGAGGCUUAUAGCCGACCGCGGCCCGUACCGCCGCGACUCGAUUGAGUAUUGACACCGAGGACGGAGCUUCAGCUGUGGCGGCAACAUGACAAGCGAAAAAUGUGACGUGAUUAUCAUCGGCGGCGGCAUCUCAGGUCUUUCAGCAGCCAAACUGCUGACAGAAUCUGGGCAGAAGGUCGUGGUACUGGAGGCCCGUGACAGGGUUGGAGGCAGGACAUUUACAGUCAGAAAUAACAAUGUAAAAUAUGUGGACCUGGGUGGAGCUUAUGUGGGUCCAACUCAAAACAGAAUCCUACGUCUGUCAAAGGAAUUGGGCGUGGAGACCUACAAGGUGAACGAGGUUGAGCGUCUAGUGUACUACAGGAAGGGAAAAUCCUAUCCUACCAGCUCCAGUCUUCCAACUUUAUGGAAUCUAUUUGUCUAUCUCGAUUUCAACAACCUAUGGAGAACCAUGGAUGAUAUGGGAAAGGAGAUACCAGUUGAUGCACCAUGGAAAGCACCCCAUGCUGAAGAAUGGGAUAAAAUAACUAUGCAACAGCUUAUUGACAAAACUUGCUGGACCAAGGUUGCCAAGGACUUUGCUAGACUCUUUGUAAAUGUAAAUGUCACUUCUGAACCACACGAAGUCUCUGCUCUCUGGUUCCUCUGGUAUGUGAGGCAAUGUGGUGGAACAACACGGAUAUUUUCAACAACCAAUGGUGGACAGGAGCGAAAGUUUGUUGGUGGUUCUGGUCAGAUCUGUGAACGGCUGAUGAACCAUCUUGGGGACUGCGUGAAGCUGAAAAAGCCUGUAAUCCGGAUUGAUCAAACACAAAGUACAGCCAUUGUGGAGACACUGGAUCAUGAGACAUUUGAGGCUAAGUAUGUUAUCAGCGCCAUUCCACCAGCAAUCAGCGCAAAGAUUCAUUAUGAACCACCGUUACCAAUUCUGCGAAACCAACUCAUCCAGCGUGUUCCCAUGGGAUGUGUGAUCAAAUGCAUGGUAUACUACAGAGAGAGCUUUUGGAGGAAGAAAGAUUACUGUGGUAGCCUGAUCAUUCAAGAUGAGGAGUCUCCUAUUGAACUGACUCUGGAUGAUUGCAAACCAGAUGGAACUGUCCCUGCUAUCAUGGGAUUUAUCCUUGCUCGAAAAGCACGGCGUCUGCUAAAUCUCACAAAGGAAGCUAGGAAGCAAAAGAUCUGUGAAAUUUAUGCCAAGGUGCUUGAUUCUGAGGAAGCAUUGCAUCCCAUUCAUUAUGAAGAGAAGAACUGGUGUGAAGAGCAGUAUUCAGGUGGAUGUUACACUGCGUAUUUCCCUCCAGGAAUUCUGACUCAGUAUGGCAAAAUCCUGAGACAGCCAUUUCAGAAGAUAUACUUUGCUGGCACUGAGACAGCCACCGAGUGGAGUGGAUACAUGGAAGGUGCUGUGCAGGCUGGGGAGAGAGCAGCUAGAGAGAUCCUGCAUGAAAUGGGAAAGAUUUCGAAAAGUGAGAUCUGGCAGGCUGAACCAGCAUCUUUGGAUGUUCCUGCUUUCCCAUUCAAGACAACAUUCUGGCAGAGAAACUUGCCUUCAGUUUCAGGGUGUUUCAAACUUUUUGGAUGGUCAACAUUCCUCGUCUCUGCAUCUGUCAUAGGGAUCUUUGCAUAUCAAAAAGGACUGCUGAGAAAGAAUUAAGUAGGAGAUACUUCGAAGCCAGACCCGUCACCUCUUCCUAAGUGCACAGUUUCACAGUCACUAUCUGCCAGCUUUGCUAAUCGUCUAAAAAUAUUUCUGCUCUGCUGAUUCAUACAAUAAUUUAGCUUUCCAUGAGGAAAACUACAAAUGAAAAUGUCAUUGGGAAUCCAUGAUUUUGCAUAUAUCCGCUAUCUUUUGAUACAAUUUAUUUUAAAUUUUUCAUGAUUGUACACGUUACAUUGACAAAUUCCAGAUUUUUGGAAGAUACCUUAUACAAUGCACACUGCUUUUCCUUGAUGAUUGCAUUACUGAGUACAUGUGUAUUCAAACUUCUACCUAUAAUUCUGUUUACAUUAGCCGAACCUCAUUACAGAAGCCAUUGCAUAAUGUGUAGAACGAAGUGUUAUUAAAAUACCAGCAAUCCUCA